GUGCAUAGACCAUGAAUAAAAACAUAGCCACCCCCACACCUCCCUCCAUCUCUAUUCCGUGAUUGGGUGGACAAGUUGAGUAGUUCAUUGUUUCCUGGUAAAACCAUGCUCUCUAUAUUUUAAUGAAAAUCGUUUUCCCUCUUCUCAAUGUGACUUAAGAACAUCAGGUGUGAGAGUUUCAGUUUCAUUCUUUGUGCUGCAAUCGCGGCAUCGUGAGUUGCUUAAAAAUUGAAUUUUAAAAAAAUUCUCGACACUUUAUAUAAACAUCAAAUAUUAAAAAGCUGACCAAUAUGAGUAAAAAUAUUAGAAAAUACAGUAUUUUUCUUGCAACUGUCCAAAUAUGUUGCCUUUUGACACCAUCACAUGCUAUGUUUGAUUUCUUCGGGGGAGGAGGUGGUGGUGGUGGGGGAGGCUCCGAUGUUGCUGAGAUAUUAGCCGCAGGACUUAUUACUAAAAUGCUGAUGGAAGACUUUUUUCAUAUUCAAGGUGCUCCACUACUCCAGUCAUUGCGUCAUCAGUUCAUUGGCGGAUACAGUCCACGUCAUCCUCCUGUCCAUCAUCAAGUUCGCCACUACCCUCACAUGAUUGCUCCAAGAGUUCCGAUGGCAAUGAGCGCGCAAUACGUCUACCCAAUGGUUCCACGUCAUCCAGUCCAUUUGAUGAGUCAAGCUUCCUACAUGCAACAAGCCCGUCACCCAAUAGUUGCAGCACCAUGGAAUGGACACUAUGGAGACCUUCGUGGAUCAGAAACAUUUGUAAAUGCCUACCUUCCAGUGCAGCAAGAACGCAACACUCCUCCAUUUAUUGAGGCUUUAUUAACAAAUGAAGCACUCUCAGCAGCAACUCUUCUUCUCAACUCCGACAUUUUGGAAGAUGAUGAAGAGGAAGAGGCGGAAGUCGAAAUGAAGGAAGAAGUAAAUGAUGUUUCAGAAGUUCCGGAGAAGCAAGUUGAAAACCGAUCAGAGACUUUCGAAGCAUCCGGAAGUGAGAAUGAAUCCAGGUAUAUAUUGCCACGAAUUGUUCGCCACUUUGUUCAACGAAUCAUGAGGAGGGUUGAGCAACACCGAUAAAUUACAAGAAAAAGGAGAAGAAAUUAUUGAGAUGAUUAACGAUUUGCAUGAAGAAAGGAGAAGAUAUUAUUAAGACGACUAACGAUUUACACGAAGGAAGGAUUUGUAGGAUGAUAUAAUCAUAUCAAAAAGAACUAAAACAUGCAUGGCAUUAUAAAGAUUGUUAAUUUGCUGCUAAUUAUUGAGGUUUCGUGUUUUAUUUAAGAGAAUGUAAUUCCGUAUCACUCUUUUAUAAGUACAAAAACAAAUGGGUGAUACAUCUGUCAAAAUUUCCUCAAGUUCUGUCGUAACUUAAAUUAAACUAAUGAUAAGUGAGCUGAAAUAUUAAUUGGUACAAAUUAAGUUAGACACUUUUCAAUAUUUCCAUACUUUCUUCCUUUUAAAUUUAACUAUCAAACUUUACAUUGGUUAUUUAAUAUAAUGAUUUGAAUUGCAAAUAAUUUUUUCGUUUAUCGAAGUGAUUAACAAUUUCAAAUAAUUCAAUGAAUUGUUUACUAUUGAGUCUAAUUUAGUUCAUAUUAUUUUGCAUACUUUAUCACUCUUUCUGUACUAACAUAAUACUUUUUUAAACAAAAUUUCUUUCAAAAAUACAAAAAAAGCAAUACCUCUUUCAACUCAUUGUAUUUAGUUAUGAUUCUUACUACCAUUUUGUGUUUUAUUAUUUUAAGAAUUUAUGUUAUAUUUACAAUUUAAAAAGUCCUUUAAUGUUAAACUUCAUAUGAUGCUUGACUUAGCUUGCAAUUUUUAAAUAAAUUACGAAUUGCAAAAAGAAAAACCCCCUCCAAAAGAAUAAAUAAAUGAAAGACUAGAAUUGUAAUCGAAGGGAAAUGGGAGAGUAGUACAGUCUUAUGAAUUAACAGCUCUUUCGAAAUCAAGCUCUUAAAAAACAGUUCUUUCUUUAUGUAUUAAUCCAUCAGUUUUCAUUUCAUUUUCUUAUAACAAAUGUAUCCUCAUAUUCAAAUUUAGAAUUAUUUAAUUUCUUUAAAAAAAUUGCUUUUUGCUCUUUAAAGUGUAAUUUCUUUGCAAAAAAUAACAACUACUCUCUACUAGCAUUGAAACAUUACAUCGAUUUUAAGACGGGG